AUGGAGGCGUACCAGCAGGUCGUCCAGGGCGAAGCGCACGUCCUCGUCGGCACCAGCAACCAGUGCCGUAGCCAGUGUAACUUUACCCACGAGGGCCCGCCCGGAGGCGGCGGAGCGGCGCCAGGCGUGGCGGCGGCCGGGACGACCGGGCCUGGCGGCCUGUCGUCGGCUGAGCUGCACCAGCUGGCGGCCGCGUCGGCGGCGCUUCCCAAGGCAUCGCGCCUCUGUCGCAAUGUUGCGUCAUACUGGUCGUGCAAGUACGAGGGCGCCGGAUGCGAGUUCAACCACGACGUGGCCGCGGUCCAGGCCGCACUGCAGCAGCUGGCGGCGUCGGCGCCAACACCGACUACCGCCAUGAACGCCAACGCACCCGAGUUUAAGGCUCCCAGUCGGGCUGAAAGUAGCGUCGACACACCCGACGCCGCAGCCGGAUCGGCGCCGUCGGCAUCGGCGCCGUCGUCGGCGAUGCAGCUCGCCGCAGCCGCGCCUGAGUUUGUGCCGCCGAGCAUGGCCGCCGCCGCGCCCGGUCCGCCGCCGGCCGCGGUGGUCCACACCCAGUCCGGUGCAUCGUACCUGGUAGUCGGAAGCCUACCACCAGCCGAGCUGAGCGUGGCCGCCGCCGCGCAGUCGGUUCCGGCCGAGGCGGCCGGCGCGCCGGCCAAGUACGUCCCGAUCCCCAUGCACUACUACGCGGCGCCGCCGCCGUCGGCCGGCGCGCCGUCAGAUGCACAGCGCGCACUCGGCGAGGCUUUUAUGGACCAAGGCGUGCGCAACAGGCUGGCCAAGAACAACGCCCUCGUCCUUGCCCACACCGAUGCCGAGGACGGCUCGGUCCCGCUCCGAGCCGGACGGUACCACACCCUCUUUCCGCUCGACGACGCCGUUGCGCGCCAGGCCGUCUCGGACAUUUUUGGCAUGCGGACCUCGGUUUACAAGGCGAUUUCCGCCGAGGACGGCAUGCCGUACGCGCUCCGUAGAGUCGAUCGCUUCCGCCUCACCAACGAGUACGCCGUCUCGCUCGUCGACAUGUGGCGCCAGGUCCGCCACACCAACGUCAUCGCGCUCCGCGAGGCUUGGACAACCAAAGACUUUGGCGAGCGGGCUCUUUGCUUUGUCUACGACUACCAUCCAGGCGCCAAGUCGCUGACACAGCUCUACUUUCGCAGCCCACAGACAGCGCUCGUCCCCGAGGCCCGCCUCUGGUCGUUUGCCGUCCAGCUCGUGGCCGGCCUUUCGGCCAUCCACGGCGCCGGCCUCGCCCACCGCGCGCUUGUCGCCUCCAAGGUCGUCCUCACCCCGGCCUCGCGCCUCCUCAUCUCAUCGGCGGGUAUGCAGCCGCAGCUCGCCGCGCUCCAGGCCGACGACAUCUUUGCGCUCGGGAAGCUCCUGCUGGCCCUCUCCUCGGUCUCGCUCGGCCCGGCCGAGCCGAGCACCGCGCUGUCCUUUGUCGAGCCGCGGUACUCGCCCGAGUGGACAAACUUUCUCCGCCUCAUGCUCACAGGCCCAGUCGCCGGCAAGUACACCACCGUCGCAGACCUCACGGCAACCCUCGCGCCACACAUCCUCGACGAGCUCAACCGAGCGCAGCUCGCCGCAGAUCUGCUCGAGGCCGAGCUGGCCAAGGAGCUCGAAAACGGCCGCCUCUUCUCGCUCGUCACCAAGCUCGGCAUGAUCAACGAGCGCCCGCCCGAGGACAUGCCCGAUCCCAACUGGGCAGAAACGGACGACCGCUACCUCUUGCAGCUCUUCCGCGACUACGUCUUCCACCAGAUCACCGAGGACGGCGUGCCCGUCUGCGACAUGGGCCACGUCGUUGAGUGUCUCAACAAGCUCGACAUCGCCUCCGACGAGCAGAUCAUGCUUCUUUCCCGCGACGGCCAGUCCAUCAUCGUCGCCUCCUACGCUCACCUCAACCGCGCCAUCGGCGCCGCCGUCAACGACCUCCUCCGCGUCUCCACCGCACCGCCGCCCGCGCACACCCCGUCGUCUCGCGACCCGCCGCCCUCCGCCUUCCCGGGCCCGCACGCCCGCCACGCCCACGCCAUGCCCGGCCCCGCCCAUCACCACAUCCGCCCGCAGAUGCCGCAGCACGACGCAGGUGACUCGCGGAGGGACGACGGCGUGGGCGGAGAGACGCUCGCAGAGUUUCGGGAAAAGGUCCGCGGCAUCGUCUCGGACACCCCGUUUGACGCGGCGACCGACCCGCGCCGCUCGACCGUCGAGCGCGAGCUCAACUGGGAUGCGACGCCUGCGCGGCCGCCGUCACGCGCCGCGGCGCCGCGGGCUCACUCUGCACUUGAUUCGCGACAGGUUACGUCAGUUCGUCGCGGUAUCGACCCUCGCGAUGCCGCCCUCAUCGACGCCGUCGACGCCGAGGUCAACUCGGUCGUCCGCGGCCGCGGCCCGCUUGCCUCGUUCGACUACGGGUACUCGACCCAAGGCGGCCAGGCGUCGGUCUCGGCCGCCGCCGCCGCGCGCUCACCAGCCACGCUUAUGGCUGCCAUUGACAAGCUCUGGUCCGAGCUCCACCUGCCGCCCAUCGAGCGGGCCAUGUACGCGGCGUCGUGGUUUGCCACCGUCGAGCCCAACCCCGCUGAUGCCGGCGUUCUCCAGCCGCACGCCUGGGACGAAAUGAUUUCCAUCUACGACGCGCUUCUCGUCCACCGUAAGCGUACGCUUGCAGUGCUCAAGGCCAUCGAGCUCCGCGAGAUGGCACUCGAUGCCAUGGCUUCGCUCCCCGAGUCUGCCUCCAAGCUUGCUGUCACCACGGCCGCUGACGACUUGCGUAUUGCCUCGGUCUCGGUCGUCGAGGCCAUUGUAGAGUGGCGCGACGGCCUCUCCGACGCCUACGGCUUUACCUGGCGCGGCUCAAACUAUCUGAUCAAGAUGCUCGCAGACGCCAACAUCCUCGCUAACCUCGGCUUUGAGAGCUACUUCCCGUUCUCCUUCCGCAACAACCCGCUCCUGCUGGACACUCGCUUCCACUACAAGGAGCCCGAGCUUCGUGGCACCCUUGCCUCGCAGAUGUCUGCCGCUGCACAGUUCAAGAUCCUUCUCCGCCGCCGGCAGGAAGAGGCCCACAAUCUGCUCCUCGCCGAGGAGCGACGUGCCGCCCGCCUCCAUCGCCUCCGUGAGGACCUCUCGCUCCAGCGCUAUCUCGUCCCGAUCCUUGCCGUUGGCUCGAUCCCCACCGGCCUCCCGGUCUACUUUGAUCCGUCCUCGCCCGACGACCCCUUCACGCCACCCGUUGAUUCGGUCUUUCACUACACCUCGGGUGUCGGCGCGCCCUUCGAUGACGACACUACCCCGACACAUGCCGAGGCCACAUCUUCGGCCACCGCACUCCACGGCCGCGACUUUGAACCGUACGAUGUCGGCUCGAGUGCAGCCGCCCCCGUCCCGGCUCCGCGCUCGGAAGCCGCAACUGGUGCGGGUGCUAUUGCCUCGCGCACCUCGCCACUCGCUUCACCCUCGGUCUCGGCCUCGGCCUCGGCCGCCUCCGCUUCAGCUCCUGCUUCUGCAUCUGCAUCUGCAUCUGCAUCUGCAUCCGCCUCCAACUCGGCCUCGGCCUCGGCCUCGGCUUCCAACUCGGCCUCGGCUUCCAACUCGGCCUCGGCUUCCAACUCGGCCUCGGCCUCUCCCUCAGCUUCAGCCUCCAACUCAGCCUCAGCCUCGGCCUCCAACUCAGCCUUGGCCUCUCCGUCCGCCUCUCCGUCCGCCUCGGCCUCCGACUCUGGCUCAGACUCAAGUUCGGACUCGGUCUCGGCCUCUGGUUCUCCAUCCCCCGCUCCCGUCCCGGUCCAGGCCGGCCAGUUCAACGAGGUCGAGACCGCGAUUGAGGCGUCGGCCCUCGCGGAUGCAGACAAGUUUCGCGCAGACAGCCUCGAGCCCGUCGAGGGCGACGACGUUGCCGAGCCGAUGUUCGACUCGGAUAUGCAUCGUUCAGUCCUUUCGCCCGAGGACUACGACGUGGCGCGGACAGAUGCCUUUCUGCGUAAGCACGACGCCCGGUUUGGCGAGCUGCCCCAGGUCGAGCUCGGAAGCCGGAGGGCACUCGCACUAGCGCUCACGGAUGCUGACGGGCGCCCCGCCGGUGAGCUCAACGUCGAGAUCGCCUACGACGCCAUGCAGGUUAGCCCGGGCCAACUGCCCGAGUGGCCGCUGCCUGCCGAUGCCAAGGACAGUGCGACGCGCUCGAUUCACCGCAGUGGCCACGCCAAGGGUAAGUCCGAGUCUGGCUCGGAUCCCAGCCUCGCGGUGGUCGAGGACACACUCCGAGUGGUCAUUGUCGGUGCCGCGGGUCUCCACGACGCCCGCGAGGCCUCGGGCGCUGACGCGUACGUCAAGCUAGAGCUUGGGUCGUCUGAGAUUGUUCGCGGCAAGACCAAGCCGGUGGCCAACUCGGCCGAUCCAGUCUUUAACGCCACCUUUGAGUUUGAUCUCCUGGCUGCCGCACGUGAGCUCGGCCUGUCAUCGCUCUCCAGAACCCGCGCUCCGCUCAAGUUCUCAGUCUUUGACGCCGACGUCGGCCGCGACGACCUGCUCGGCUCGGCGCUUGCUGAGCUCUCCAAGCUCGAGCCGAACCAGACCGCCGACCUCUGGCUCGACCUCAUUCCGCCAACUGACCACAACGCCAAGGGCGGUACUGUCCUUGCACUCGCCGUCCACGACGUCAAUCGCCUCUCCAAGAACGAGCAGCUUGGCACCGCGCUUGUCCCGCUCUCCACCGGCACCAUCCCGGUCGAUGGCACUUCGCGCGACAUUGCCGUUGCCCUUGACACACCCGGUGUGCCGCAAACCGUCCACCUCCGCCUCUCGUUCCAGCAGCACGCGCUUGGCGGCGGCGUGCUCACCAAGACCGACACGCAGGCAUCCUCGAGCUCGACGGCGCUCGCGCCUCGGCCGCGGCCUGCAGGCACCCUCCGCGUGGUUGUCGAAUCGGCCACAAGCCUCGAAGCGAAGGACCGCAAGUCGUCCGACCCGUUCUGUACCGUGAGCGUCGGGGAGAUCUCGGCCAAGACCGAAGUCAUCAAGUCGACGCUCGACCCGGUGUGGAACGAGGUCCUCCAGCUUCAGCUCCCUGCCAGCAAAGCCGGCGAAGACGACACCCUUUGCUUUGCUGUCUUUGACUGGGAUCGCGCGUCGGCCAACGAUCCGCUCGGCAUAGCCAAACUUGCACUCGACACCCUCGCGCUCGAUGGCUCAGACAAUGCGGUGCUCCUCCCGCUGGUUGGCUCGGCUUCCGGUGGCUCGGUUACAGCCAAGAUCUCGUUUGUGGCCAACGGUAGUGAGUCGGCCAAGGUGGCCAAGUCAUCAGCUGAGCCAGGUCGUGCGGCCCGGUUGUUCCGAGUCGACGUCAAGAUCAUGGCCGGGCUUGGCCUGGCGCUCGAUGACGCCGGUGUGCCCUCUGCGCCGUUUGUUGAGCUGGCCCUCGGCCGGUCUCGGCAUAAGUCGCGGAUUCUCAAGGGCUCGGCCACGCCGGACCCGCAGUGGGACGAGCAGUUCUCGCUCAUGUGCUCACCCGCCGAGCUCGACGCCGGCUUUGUGCUCGACGUCUUCAACUGGGAUCAGUGGGGUGCCAACAAGCCGCUUGGUCGCGCCACGCUGGCGCUCGUCGACCUCAAGCCUGGCAAGCGAGCGGUGCGCAAGCUUGCGCUCGAUCCGCAGCUUGGCUCGGGCGCGAUUCAGAUUGCGCUCUCAGUCAACGUCGAGGCCGGUGCGGGCCGCCGUCACUCGGUCCCGUGCGACGUCGGCAUGGCCCCAACCGCCGGCACCCGCACUCGCGCGCUUCACAGCGGUUCCGCCGGUAUUGUCGGUGCGCUCAAGGUUGAAGUCCUCUCGGCCACCAACCUCCGCAACAAGGCCGGCAAGGCGCCAGACGCGCGGGUUUCACUUUCAGUCGGCGCGUCGUUGUUUGAGACUUCCAAGAUGUCUAACGCCACCGACCCGGUGUGGGGCGGGAGUAAGGCGUCUACUGUGUUUGAGGGCGUCGCACUCGCGGCUGGCAGCGGCAUGGCGGGCGAUACCGCCGGCGCGCUCCAUGUCCAACUCACUCGCCACGUGGCGGCGGCAAUCGAGGCCGAGACGGCGUCCGACCCGCAGCGCCCGGCCCGCAAGCAGAGUCCUCUGGUAGCGGUUAAGCUAGUCGAGGCUGAGCAGCUUCCGCAGCGGCAUCCUGCCAAGGACAUGUUUUUCAACCUCGUGCAGGCGCGGUUCGCGCUCGCUGGGCACGGUCCGGCUGCUGCUGACGCCCUGGCCAGAGUUGACGCCGAGCUCGGUGAGCGGUACCUGCAGAACGGGGCGGUGCUGCUGGUCGGCAUGAACUUUGCCCUGACAACGGCCAAGUACGGAGUCGACCAGACCAUCGCCAACAUGCACGCCCUCACCCAGAUCCUCUAUCCUUUUGUUCUCUCGCUCAACGGGACCAUCAUCGAGGAGAACAUCUUUUUCUUCUCAGAUCCGCUUAUUGCCGUCUCGGCUGCGCUCGGCGCCAAGGUGCUGCUGGCCCAAUACAAUGCCGGCCUGGGCAGUGGAGACGAGGCGGACCGCAAGGCGCUUGUUGUGCGUGGUCUCGGAGUGCACGUCGGCGACAUGCUCAUUGUGCCCGAUACCAACGUCCACUGGGGUGAUCCGCUCAACGUGGCGUCCAAGCUUGCAGAAGACUAUGCACAGGACGGACAGUUGUUUGUCACCCGCGAAGUCCACGCUGCGCUCAAGUCGUCAGUCCAGUUUGGUCAGCUUGUCUUUGAGCCGCACUCGAUCAUCAUCUCCAAGGUCGAACUCACUGCGUACACCGCUGUGGCCAAGGAAGGCACCAAGCUCGCCCGCCCGCCCAGCCUCGAUGCGGCCCCUCCGCAGAAGCAUGGUACCGAGAUUCACUGCCUCCGGUAUCCUGCUGCCGGUGCCGUGCUUGUCUCGGACAUGUCCGGCUUUACGCGCAUCACCAAGGCGCACGGCAUUGUCCAUUACGCCUCGCUCAUCCUCAAAAUGCGACAGGUGUGCUCAGCCAUUUACGCUGCCUACGGCGCAAAGCACUUUUUCACCGAGGCCGACAACUGCUUUGUCCUCUUUGACUCGGCGUGGAACGCGCUCGAGGCCGCCAAGGUUGCACAGGCCAUGAUGGCCGCGUACAACGCCAAAGUUGUUGACCCCAAGUUUACCAUCAAGGUCGGUGGCUGGGGCCUCUCCUACGGCGACAACAUCCUGCAAGAUACCGAGAGCGGCAAGAUGUACGGGCAAGCCGUCGACGAAGCCUUUGAGCUCGGCGAGGACGUGGCCGAAAACAACGUGCUCGCCACUGGCGCCAUUCUGGCUGCCAUGCGCGCCGAGGGCGGCUCGCUCGAUGGCGUCACCCCCGCUCCAGGCUCACUCGACGAGUGCACCGAGCUCAUCAACGAGUACUACGCCAUGGACGGCGAGCUUGCUCCCGGCGCGCAGCGGGUCUUUGUUCCCGAGCCGCCGCCGGUGGCGGUGGCCGAGCUGGACGCCGUCCUUGAGGGCAGUACGGGCAGGCAGCGCACGCCCGGCUCUUACGAGGCUCUCGUCAAAUUCGACGGUCUUGUCCAGCUGCGGUCUCGACACGCGCCUGCAUCGACAUCGCCGGCCUGGCACGCCGGCGGCUCGCUGGCCAAGCCGCUCGCCCCAGGCGCGCUGCUCGAGAUCGAGGUCCGCGACAACGACAUAUUCGGCGGUUCAGAGCUGGUCGGCCAGGCCUUUGUCCCACUAGACAAGCUGGAGACCAAUGUUCGCGCGGACGUGUGGGUCGAUCUUGUUGGCGCUGGUGCGUCGGGCGAGACCGGCGCCGCCGGGCGUGUCCACCUCCAUCUGGAAAUCCUCGAUCCCAGCGCGCCGUCAUGGCUCCUGCAUGGCCCGCCGCGCGGCGUCAUCGAGCUGGCAGUCAUCGCCGCCCGUGAGCUCGGUGAUCCGGUCGAGGACGUGUUUGAACUCGCGCCGGCAUGCAACGUCAUCUUUGGUGCGUUCAAGGCCUCCACCGGUCCGAUUCGGGGCACCGUCAGUCCACAGUGGGAGUACGAUACCCAGGUGGUCGUUACCGGAACUCCGGGAGACGACCCGGCGUCGAUCCUGUUCGAGGUCGUCUCUGGUGACCGGGUCCUAGGCUCGACCUCGCUGCCGGUCGAGCUGCUCCACCCUGGCGUCCCGCUGGAUCUCUGGCUCCCGCUCUCGUCUGGGCGCGGGGCCGCCAUCCACGUCGUCGCCUGCCUCCAGCACUGUGCAGCGCCGCCGCACGGUGCGCUGGCACUCACCCUGGUCUCCGCCUCAGGCCUCGCCCACAAGAGCGAUGCCUAUGUCGUCGCCCGCUGCGGCCACGGCGCCUCCGUCUCGUCGGCGGUUGCGCCCAAGUCUGCCGAUCCCGAGUGGCACCAGAACCUCCAGCCGCUCUACGUCUACGGCCGGGUCGAGGACCUCGAGCUGGUUGUCAUGGACCAGGACAAGUUUACCAGCGACGACGAGCUUGGUCGUGCCUGUGUCAUCGUUCGCGCCCCGAGCCCUUGA